CUUGACGGGUCAGUUCUUUCUUUGUAUAUAUAUUCUAUACUUGUCAUACAAAAACGAGAUUUGUAGGUUUAAUUAGGCUCUGAGCAGCAUGUCUUACGCACAGUGUCCCAAAAAAGCAGGACUGCCAAGAGAAAUCGUCAAGUGGCUGCAGAGCCUCGAAUUGUCUUUUUAUCUGAAGAAUGUGCGCAGAGAUUUUUCCAGUGGUUACCUUGUGGCAGAGAUAUUUUCUCGUUAUUACCCCCAAGACUUUCCAGAGCAUUCAUAUGACAAAGGAACAUCACUUUCUGCCAAGCAGAAGAACUGGAGCCAGAUAGAGCGGUCUUUACAGAAGCUGAAUUUGCACUUGAGGAAGGAGGUUGUUGAUGGAACCAUUCACUGUAAACCAGGAGCAGCUGAGCUGUUGGUGAAGGAGGUUUAUACUAUUUUAACUAACAGGAGUAUCUGGGGUGUUGAGGGCCCAGAAUCAGACUUCACCGACCAAGAGUACCAGGAGCUGCUGCCCACACUGGCCCGCUCCACGGCCUCUAAAGCCAUCAAGAACAACCUGAGGAUAACAGAGAUCAUGGCUAAGCCUGACAUCAGCACAAACCAGAGGAAGGCAGAAGUCAUCCUCCACAGGCACCUGGAGCACAGAGCUGCAGAGAGGGCCCUCAACCCUGCAGGACGUUUUAAAGUGAAGCCAAAUCUGUGUCAACUGGCAGCCAAAAGACUUUUACCAUCCAGCCAGUGUGAUGAGUGCUUUGACAGCCCUUCAUCUAGAGCCACCACAUCAAAGUUGUGCUCCUCGUCGACACGGAGUCGAGCUGCUGUUUCCUUUAAGGAGAAAAAAGGUGCAUCAGCCUGUCAGACGCUGACAGGUUAACUAUUAAAAAACUGGAUGGAGAUCUGUGCUUUAAUAUUACAAUGUGUGUGUGUCACAUGAUGUAUUGAUAUGGUUUCCUCUCUAAUUCAUGUCUUAUUUUUAACUAUCAUGUCAGACAAGUGUAAUCUGUUUUGAAAGGCAGAUUACGUCACUGGUUGUUGCGGUUUAUGUAAUGUUACAGUGUCUCUACCAUCAUGUUUGGACUAUACCUAUUUGAACCAGUAGGUGGCAGCUUGGAGUCAUGAGUAAAGUUCUCAAAUGGUUUUUGAGACUGAAAUCCACUGCUGUAAGUGUACCAUUGACAAAAAGAGGAAAUAAA